AUGUCGGCUUCAAAUGGUGAAACAGCUACAACUCAAGCCGAUAAAAAUGUGGAAAUGUGGAGAAUAAAGAAACUCAUAAAAAGCCUGGAAGCCGCUCGGGGAAAUGGGACUAGCAUGAUAUCUCUUAUAAUUCCACCAAAAGAUCAAAUUACACGAGUAGCGAAGAUGCUGGCUGAAGAAUAUGGCACAGCUUCAAAUAUCAAGAGUCGUGUCAACCGACUUUCUGUUCUAAGUGCCAUCACGUCCGUUCAACAACGUCUAAAGUUAUACAAUAAAGUACCACCAAACGGGCUCGUUGUUUAUUGUGGCACCAUCAUCACGGAAGAUGGUAAAGAAAAGAAGGUUAAUAUUGACUUUGAACCUUUUCGUCCCGUGAAUACCUCUCUCUAUUUGUGUGAUAACAAAUUCCACACUGAGGCUUUGAACGCGUUGCUUACCGAUGAUAGCAAAUUCGGUUUUAUUAUUAUGGAUGGUAGUGGCUCUCUAUUUGGCACUCUUUCUGGGAACACUCGUGAGGUUCUCCACAAGUUCAGUGUUGAGCUCCCCAAGAAGCACGGUAGAGGUGGUCAAUCAGCCCUUCGUUUCGCCCGCUUGCGUGUCGAAAAGCGCCACAAUUAUGUUAGAAAAGUUGCUGAAACUGCGGUUCAACUGUUCAUUACUAAUGAUAAAGUAAACGUCGAGGGUAUUAUUCUUGCCGGUCUGGCUGAUUUUAAAACCGACCUCUCCCAGUCGGGGAUGUUUGACCCUCGAUUACAAGCCAAGGUGCUAAAAGUUGUUGAUAUAUCUUAUGGCGGAGAGAGCGGAUUUAACCAGGCUAUUGAGCUUGCUAGUGACACAUUGGCUGGAGUUAAGUUUAUUCAAGAAAAGAAGUUAAUUCAACGCUACUUUGACGAGAUCUCUCAGGACACAGGGAAGUAUUGCUUCGGUGUGGAUGAUACGCUAAAGGCUCUCGAAAUGGGUGCCGUAGAUUCUUUAAUAGUGUGGGAAAACCUGUCAGUUACUCGCUAUGUGCUUCGCUCUUCAUCAAGCGAUGAAAAGCGCAUUAUCCAUCUGCGGCCGGAUCAGGAACGGGAUCGCAGCCACUUCAUCGAUCCGGAUACGCAAACUGAAAUGGAGGUUGAAGAGAGCCAGCUCCUCCUUGAUUGGCUUGCCCUUAACUAUCGCUCAUUUGGCGCCGUUCUCGAAAUUGUCACUGACAAAUCACACGAGGGGUCUCAAUUUGUUCGAGGAUUUGGCGGAAUCGGAGGAAUUCUCCGUUAUCAAGUUGACUUCCAACACAUGGCUGGCGGAGAUCUCGAUUAUGACGAGGACUUUGACCUCAGUGACUACUAA